UGCCGGCCAUGUAUGAUGACGACGCAGAGAUGUUACUAUAUAUAGUACACACCACCUUUUGUUGCUAAAAAUAGAUGUUGCCACGGUUACCGAAAAACGGCGGCGACAAAAGCGUAGCUAAGAAUAAUGACGAGCAAGACUUUGAUCGGGAAUUGGGUGGAAGAGCGCCAGUGUGCAGGUCUCGAGGAAGGCAACAGAUGUGCUGAUGGAACUCUCAGCACAGGUCUGCACCGGAGCGGUCACCGUGGGAUCCUGGCCACCAGCACUAGCAUGGAAACGUCUUCCACGACACAUGAUUCUUAUGCUAGCCCACAACCGACCACUGUCAGAACCACUGGGAGUAGAGAGGCUGCACUUCGCAAUACUGCCUACAAGCUGGUGAGUAAGCAGGUCCAGGAGGAGUUCCACCCUCCACCACCACCACCAGAGUACAUUUCAACUACUAGGAAUGAUUACAGUAAAGAUUUCCCAUCAUCCAGGCCACUUCCUACUGGGCCCCACAACUUGUGUUCAGAGGCACCAGUGACAUACUGGACCCAGAACAAAGACAAGAUAAUGGGCACAACUCAAGCAAGAGGGGGCACUUCACCAUUUGCCACGAAUUCUGCUUUCAGUACACCCAUCUCGGAUUACACGGACCAACCACUGCCACACGACCUGCCCUUUUGAGCUUUGAACUAUGAACUCAUAAAAAAACUGCACGUGGAAUUUUUUGUCGGUGAACUUUAUGCGCAUGCGCACGAUGAGCGCCGCACGCACGCAGCUAGCUAGCUAGCUAUAGUUGAUUCCACUGCCAUUUCUUCCUGUCCUCGGCCUCUUGAGACAGUGGGCAAGCCGAACCUGAGUGGAAACUGAGUAUACUUGCGAAUUAGCCGCUUUCAAUUUCCCGGGGACCCUCACUGCGGCAUUCGUCAGUCCGCGGACCCUGCGAGUCGUGAGGGUCUGCGAGCGGAGAUGUCUCAGGAAGGAGAUCUGCAGCACUCGCUGCGCAUUGGGGACACCGUCCUACUUUAUGCGAAGGAAGCUCGCGGCUAUGUGUUUUCUGAGCUGACAAGUUCCAAGCACAACUCAGUCGUCGUCACAUCGAGAGCGGUAGGUGGCACGUUCAGAGAGCCUCGUUUCGACAAUGUACAUGUUGCUACAUUCUGUGUUGUGGCAGCCAACAAGAACAAGGCGCAGGAGAGGCUGCUGGAGCUGAAGAGGAAGAUUGGGUGAGGCCAUUGUAGAUUCCCCUGGGAGCCUGCAAGCCAAAACAAGUUUGUAUACAGCCUCAACAAUGGAGGGGGGUCAUGCUGUUAGAAUGUGUUGAUUGCCCUGUGUGUGUGCUGUUGCAGGAAGAGGGAGAUGACCUCUCAUCAGAGCAACGUUCUGCACCAGGCCAAGAAAGCAGUGGAGGCCGAGUUGAAGGAGAACGCAGGAGAGCAGGAGCGGUUGCUUGGAUCACAAUUUGUUUACGGAGACAAGAUCCAGCUGCACCACACUCUCACGGGCAAGUAUGUGAGAGUCAACUCAACUCUGACCUCUCGUACUGAAAAUACCUCGCUGCGUGUGGAGCUGAGUGGCGAGAACAGCAACAGCUGUGUUUUCAAGAUCCUGCCUCGCUACAAAGUCCGCUCAGUUGGGGAUGUGGUCCGCUACCAAGAUCAGAUCAAGUUUGAGAGUGUCAUGACUGGAGGUCAGUUCCUGCACUGCAGCCUGCGACCGUGUGGAGCGGUGGGGUUUAAUGUCCUGGAGCACAGUUUUGAAGUGAACCUUUCAGCCACCGAGUCAGCUCUCACACUCAUCCCCCAUUACCGACCUUUCCCCUAUCACAACCCCAAGACUUUUAAGGCCAAUCAGUCGGUGAGGCUGUUCCACAGGGAGUAUGAGUGCUACGUGUCUGCUGAGGGGUCGUUUGCUGAGAGUAAAAAAGUUGUUGUUGAGGAUGUCCACUGCCGCAGGCGGAAAACAGACCACGGGAUACUGAAAGCUCCGUCCACAUCGGCCAACACCUUCUGGCAGAUUGAGAAGGAGAGUGAUCCUCGGAGUGGAGAGCCCCUCAGCUGGGGGGAGCGCUGCCGCAUCAGACACAUGCCCACCCGACGCUAUCUGGCAGUGCUGGACGAGGGAAAUAGCAAGUACAAGGUGACGCUGAAGGAAAGGCGGAGUGUGGGACACACUGCAGCAGGGCAGGACCUGGAAACAGUCUUCUCUCUGUUCCCAGUGAUUCAGGAGGGAGACACUGUUCUCUUUGAGUCCUAUGCCAGGAUCAAGCACCUGGCCACAAAGACCUGGCUGCAUCUGGAGAGAGGAGAGCAGUACAAACGAAGGGCCUUUGACCCCACAGCUGUGGGUCUGGAAGGGUUGGAGUGGGAUGGAGCUGAGCUUUUCAUGCUGCAAGCCUCUGAGACAAUGAACUACGAUGAUGCCUUCACCCUGGAGAUGGUGUCGCAAUCCUUGCUCGACAAGUUUAGCUACGUGGCCGGUAUUGUGCCAGUUCUCACUUCCUACCUCAACCAGAGUGGCAUUACUGGGGUGGUCUCGGCUGAUGAUGCCUACCUGGUGGCCAGCGCUCUAAAGGAUCUUGCUUACUAUAUUUCAGCCUCCUCCAGCGACCGCGAGAACAAAGACAGACAGAAGUUGUUACGAAAUCUCAGAGUGGUGGAGAUCAUCAUUGAAAUUCUCGGCAUGUUCAAGCAGGACACUGGAAUAUCUGACCAUGAACGAGAGGUCUGCAAGGCCUGCUACCUGGUCAUUGAGAGCUAUUUGAAGGGAGACAGUCGCAAGAACGAGAACUACCUGGCAAGAUUCAUCAAAUUCUUUCAGCAACAGGUUGGAAUGGACUUGAAUGCUGAGGAAGUCAUGAUUGAAAUGGUGGAGGACAAUACUGCCAUUGUGUCAAAGAUGGCGUCAGCUGAAAUGGAGUUCAUGCUCCAGAGAUUGGUGGAAACCAAAGAUGCUCGUUUCCUCCUCUUCCUCAGCAACCUGUGUGUCUGUGACGGGAGACCCAUUCCCUCCACACAGAACACCGUACUGGAGAAACUGGUCAGAGCUCACGGGAAAUCUGUGUUCUUUCGUCUGGAGGUUGGAGGGUCUGAUUUCUACCCUGAGGGCGAGAAGGGUGUGGUCUACUACCAGCGACCACGCUCUGCCCGCUGGGAGCCUCUGUUGAAAAUUGUGUCUAGAGAAGCCUCGGUGGAGGAUGAGGAUUUCCAGUUCCUCGACUCACAGCUCCUGCUGUUUGGGAAGAUGUGUCAGGGUAACAACGAGCGGUGUAUCAGAGCACUGGACAAGGAUGACCUCCGCUAUGUCACGUUCCAACAGGCACUGUGGUGUGUGAGCUGCUCACAACUUCAUCCCUGCAUCGCCUCCAAAUAUGUGGAGCUGAUCAAAGUGAUGUUUGUGGAUGUUGGGCUGAACAGAGCUGUCCUAGAAACCCUCUCUCUCUCCUUCGUGUAUGACGAUGUGGUGGAAGAUCCGUAUGCAGACACUGGCGGAAACGAGGAGGAAGCUCUGACUGGAGUCAUCAACAUUUACUUCCCGGAAAUGAAGAAAUGGAUCUUCCAGUACUUGUCCAAAGUAGCCGAGGAGGGUGUGGUUGCUAGGCACACGGAGGACAACAUGCAACUGGCGAAAGUCUUGGAAGUGCUGGCAUUACUGGUUAAGUAUGGUUACUAUGACGAUGUGGAUGAUGUGGAGGAAGUGCUGCGGCCUCUGGUGGAGGUGAUGAAUGGAAAGACGGACCUUCUCUUCCCCAAGACUGCCGGUAAUGAUGCUGGUAUGGAGCAAAAGGACUUCCACGGCACUAGUCGCUACAAAGAGACUCAGCAGAACAAGGCAGUCUUCACAGUAAAGGAGAGAGCCAUCGAAGUCCUUGACCUCCUUUUCAACUUUCGUUUCUACGUCCGACUGCAGAGAUUCAUAUUUGAAUUCCGACAACUGCGAGGUGAUGCGAGUCUGCAGCCUGAGGCCACACCUUCUGGGAGGGGUCUUCUCUCCACAGUCAGCACUGCCAACCCGCCCAUGUUGCUGAAGACCCUAAUGACUCCUCCCACUGCUCCCACACCGGACAACCUGCACAGCUCUGUGAUGGUGGGUACCGUGAGAGAGAGACUCAAGUUCCUUUUCUCAAAGAGUGCCUACUUCUUUGAGUGUUCCAACUAUCUCCGAUCGUCCACCCCUUUCCCGGAGAUCUUGAUUGACAUGUCUUGCUACCACAGCGAGGAACUGGUCCAGGGCUCACUGCACCUGCUGAACAGACUUUUCUCAGCAGAGACGUCUCUCUUCCACAGUGCCCUGCAGACUCAGCUGCUGCUGACCGACAAGUCCAAGGAGGUGUUCAGUAAGAUUGAAGACAUGUUGCCUAACCUUCGGCGCCUCCUCAGUCUUGAUCUGAGGGACGAUGGGAGGUCAGAGGUCAUCCACAUCCUCCAGACAUUCACGGAAAUGUGUCAGCUGCCACUGCAGGAGUCUGAGCCACACACUCAGAACCAAAAGAUCCUCUAUAACUUUGGUGUUCUGUCGGACAUCUUGGACUACGUGCUGGAGCCAGCCAACAUCCUACAGGGGGAGGCCACCCCAGGACCCGAUGCAGACGACAGCAGUAGACCUACAGCUGUGAAUGAGACUGUGUAUGUGAAGUGCUUCCUCUUCCUAAAGGUGUUUGCCCGCAGAAACCCAGAGGUCCAGCGAAGACUGUACGACAGCAUGAAUGACCUCCUUGACAUUGGGGUUGAUGUCCCGUAUGUUGCCAUGGUGUUGACGGAGGUGUUCACUGGAGGGCCGGAGAUUUGUCUCCGUGUGAAAGAGGAGCAGGUGGAGCGUGUUUUCCACCUCAUCAGUGAAGGAGGAGGAGGUAGUCCUGACCUCCUGCACACCCUCCAGUCCAUGGUGAAGGUGGAAGAUCUAGACCUGCCCAUCAAGAGAAACCAGGCCUUUGUGAUCCAAUACUUUAGCAAGACACGAGACAAGUUCUGCGACCAUCUGCUCGGAGAAGGGAAGCAGGAUCGUCGCUGGCAAUUGCUCACUGAGGCUCCUGACGAGGACUCUAAUCUGCAGCUGCUGCUGUCUCUGACGGACCUGUUGGCGUCGUGUGCAGAGGGGGAGAACCUCUUCAUUGAGAGUGUCUGCCAGACCAUCUACAAGGUGGAGGAGCUGCUGAUGAUCCUCAGUCACCCUCGCCUCUCUCCUGAGAGGAAGAACCCAUUUGCUCGCUUCCUUAUUUGGGUCUACCUGAACACUGAGGGAGACAAGUAUCAGAGUGGAGCCUCCAGCCUCAGUAACAACAGCGACAUGUGGCAGUACCUGGAGCACCUCUCCACACUCCUGGAGAACAUUGGCAUUGCUCUGAGGGCAGUUCCUGACUCUGAGAGGCAGUGGGUGCGUGAGGGAAUGUCAGUGCGAGCAAGGACCACAUCAAAUGUCAAACGAACUUCUUCCCAAAGAGCUGUCCGCACCAUGUCUCGCAGUGUCGAAUAUGUGACAUCAAGUGGUGGAGAGUUGAAACCUGGGGUUCUGCCAUACUUUGUGGAUGGUGUGCUGCCUCUCUUGCGGUAUUUCUAUGCCAACCUCUACACACCACCCAAGUCAGCUGAGGGUGAGCAAGGAAAACAGCUGAAGAUCACCCAACGUCUCUUCACAAACCUGCUGGCCCUGUGUGAUGUUCUGAUGGUCUACUUCACCUCAGAGGCCCAAGUCAGGCUGUACAGGAGUACAGUAGUCACCCUUGUCAAGUUUCCAACUGCAGCCAUGAGGACAGCAGACGUUGAAAAUAUGCUUAAGAACUUUGACCGUAAUACAAGGGAGGGUAAGUGUGCCUGCUGCCCCGCCCGUGAGCGGUACAUUCAGGAGUAUGAACAUGAGAUCAGACUCAAUGAAGAGUUUGACGGAUUUGUUGCCUACUUCCAGCAGGCGUACGAGGGUCCGAACACUGCACGUGCACAGACGGGGUCCAAAUACGACACACCCUACAGUGAGGGAGAUGAGUGUCUCCCUCUCGGUCCUGCCUUCCAGGAACACGUGGGUUUGUUUGUGCGCCAGUCAAGGGCAGGAGGAGGAGUGGGGCUACCGAUGGUGCUGACUGGCGGAGGAGACAGAGAGGAGGUGGAGCUGCUGCGUCCCGAGACUGCCCGGCUCUUCAAACAGCUAGAGAUUUCAUUUCAGAAGUUGAAGGAUUUGGACGUGGGAGAUCGACAGAAGCAAGAUGAGCUAGACAUCAAGAACCUGCGCAUCCUGCGGGCCAUUGUGUACAAUGAGAUCAUGAACAUCGACACAGAGUUGAGAGAGGAAGACCCAGCCAGUUAUCGCCGGCGCUGCAUACACAAGGUCCAGCCAAUUCAGAACAAACUGCAAAGUUUUGGCAAUGCAGUGUCAAGGGUUGUACCUCUGCUCUCACACCCCAACGAAGAAAUAGUUCGAGAAGUUCUGGCGUUUCUGAAGGUCAUGUUGUACUCUGGCAACCGUAAUGUGCAGCGUGGCUUUGAGCACUUGCUGGAGACGAGAGAGGAAAGACUGUUCACCACAAUGAAGGGUCUGUUACAGCACGCUCGCUGUCACCUACAUUGAGAGGCGAACUCUACUGGGACAAGUCUCGUCAAGAAAAGCAACAGAGGAAGCUCUGCUCAGUGGUUUCACUCUGGAGAAAAAACAGGAGGAUCCAGCCACUCUCAAGAGAACCAGGUUUCAGGAGUCUGUGAGUGUGGUGGUGGAGCUGGUGGAGGAAGGAGAGAGGAGUGGAGAGUACUUCCCCAUGGGCACUCUCGGUGGGUCGGCAGUGGAGAAAGAAGAAGAUGAGGACAGAGUGGCUCUGGUCUCGUAUCCCUCUCACUCGUCACGAAGGAAAUCUGCGACUGCUCCAGCAAGAGCUCGCAUAUCAUCGAGGCCAGCACUUGAUGUUUUGGAACUUGAAUCCAGCCGUACCCCUGGCCAAGGAAAAGAUACUGAGCUUGCCUCGUAUGCAGUUGGAGUGCCUCCUGAUGCAUUGAAAGUCCUGAAGUUCCAGGAUUCGGCCCACAUCAAGCUUGCCCUGGAGGUCCUGGGACUCAUGUGUGAUGGUCAGUUUAGACUGAUGCAGAACUACCUGCGAGAGCAGAGGGACAACAUAGCCACCGUAAACCUAGUUGGAGAGGUUGCUGUCUUUGCUCAGGUAACAGGAGAGUGUGUCGUGUGCUACUCUCUGUCAGCGUUCUCUCUCUGCAGCACUUCUACAACGACAUCAACCAGGACACGAUGGAGUUAGUUCACCUGAUCCUUCAGACACUGAUUGAGAUGAGUGUAGGGAACUUCCCCAAUCAAGAGGUCAUCUACAACCGCCUGAUAGUCGAUGUGGUCAACACCAUCCUCCAACUCAGCAUUGGAGACUACCAUGAGCAUGGCUUCAGUUACAUUGCAGAUCUGGUAGACCUGAAGGGCUCAGCAGUGGAGCUGAUUGAAGCCAUGUUGGAGGAGACCAACCAUCGAAGCUGCCACCUGGCCAAAGAGAUUGCUGGCUCCCUCGACCUGGCUGCUGUGUACGACACUGUCGAUGACUUCUAUGAACUCAUGAAUGAUGCGUUAGUGAAAGCAGAAAGUUACGAUGACAACGCAGAGCGAGGACUGUUCAGAGCCUACCACAUCAUCGUUCAGCUCAAGGACUAUGGGAAUGACCUUGGAGAGUGGGCGGAGCCUCCAGAGCCGUACCCUACACUGGCCAAGGCCUUCAGCUACUGUAAAUCUCGCUCAAAGUCCAUUGAGGUCAACUAUGAGAACAUGGAUGGUGACAAGAUCCUCACCAAAGUGAACUUCAACCUGGAUCCAGCGAAUGACCUGAGGGAAGAGGUGGUGGAGAAGGUUAAGUGGCAGGUGAACAGAGACUCUGCGGAGGACAAACUGCGAGACUUUCUUGAGUGGAUGUAUGCCGUCAAGAAGGACACUCUUCAUCAUAGAAGGCUGCACCAGCACUUGCUCACAAAACUGCUGGUCGUGUUUCCGACAGAGCGGUACUACAUUCUGCUGUUCAUAACUCUUCUCCUCAACUUGUUGGUACUUAUCACAUUCAGUGUGCCUGAAGGCCGACAAAAUGAUGCAGAAAAUGCCACGUGGCCGCAGGUGGCUGGGCCAAUAAAACCUGAGGUUGAUGUGUUCUUUCGCCAGUACCUUCUGUACAUUCUUGGAGCUGUCCACCUCAUGUUCUGCCUCUGGAUGGUUGUGGAAUACUUUGUUGUCAACUAUCCCAACUUUAUUCUCCCACUGCCUUCUUUUUUCUACACUCUCUUUGGAAGGUUUGGGCUCAAAAAACCCGAGCAAACCUACUCGUCCAUCAACAUCUAUGGCCUGAGAACUGUGUAUGUGGUGCUGUUCUUGCUUGCAUCCAUCCUCUCUCUUGCCUUCUAUGGCUACUUCUACGCCCUGUGUCUUCUCCACAUCGUUGUCAACAACGACAUUCUCCAGCGAGUGCUUCGUGCAGUCACAAAGAAUGGAGUUUCUUUGCUCUGGGUUGCUGCACUUGGGGGUGUGAUCCUGUACAUCUAUGCUGUCAUAUCCUUUGCAUUCUUGCACGAGAGUGCAGACAAUGAGGCAGACAGCGGCAGAGAUAAUGACCUGUUUUGUGAUACUCUUGGGCAAUGUUUCGUUACAGUGAUUCGCUAUGGGCUCAUAGACAACCUUGGAUUGGUGUUUCCACUGGUCCCAGCAGAGUUUAGAACCUCGGGGCUUCGCAUCUUGUUUGACGUGUCGUUCUUUAUCAUUGUCACCACCAUUGGACUGAACAUAGUGUUUGGUAUCAUUGUUGACACAUUCUCAGAGCUGAGGGACGAGAGGUUCAGAACAGAGACUGACAAAAAGUCUUUUUGCUUCAUAUGUAGUUUGCCUAAUCAUGAGUUUGAGCGCAGAGCAAAGGGAUUUGACGAACAUGUGAAGAAUGAUCACAACAUGUGGAAAUACAUAUACUAUUCUAUAUAUCUGGACACCAAAGACACCAGUGAUCACAAUGCUCUUGAGAAAUUCGUGUACGAGAUGAUAGGUGACGGAAAGAUAGAGGUCUUCCCUGUGCUCCAGGCACGUUGCCUGGAGACAGAGGAAGACGAGACUGUGAAGCAACUAGAAGCCCUGAGUGUGAUGGUCACCUCAGUUCUGGAACGGUUCAAGGAAGAGGAGCAUGAGCGUGUGCAGCGUUCCAAGAAACAGGAACAGGAGAGGUGGGAGGAAAAAGUGCUGAGGGGGCGUGGCUCCUUGGCCUCUACUGCAAUUGGGUCUGUGGAGGAAUCUUCUGUUUAUUGAUCGCAACACUAGCCAACACUAGCCAACAUUGGAAUUCUGUAGAAUGUUUAGCAGUGCUAUAAUUAUACUCGGGUAGGACAAUGUAUUGUUAAAGUAGAAUUAUUAUCCGUCUUGAGUUAUGAUCAUGUCAUAAUUAUUGAGAGGCGACAUACUCUUUGGCUGCGUUUUUGAUAUACCUUGAAGUGUGGCAGUUUUUAUUUGC